CUGAAACAAUUCCUUACACACACACACACACACACCUAAACCUAUACACACACACACACACACACCUAAACCUAUCCACACCCCCUCACUAGAGAUUUGGGGCUUUGAGCUCAUCCCCUCUGGUUUGCGCACCGGGUUGGAGCUCGUGUUCUCCUGCUUGAGGAAGUUUUUCUUUAUUUUUCUUCUUUUCACCGGACAACUGGGAUGCUGAAGACAGAAAGAGAGCAGGUCAGCGGCGGCUCUAAGCAAAACAACGCGCAGAUCAAGUGACUGUGUGUGUGAGAGUGUGUGUGUGUGUGUGCGUGCGUGAGCGUGUGAGCGUCAUGCAUGCAGGAUGGAUGUGAAGGAGCGCAGGCCGUACUGCUCGCUGAGGGAGAGUCGCAGAGAGAAGGAGAGACGCUACACACACUCGUCUGGUGGAGAGAGUGACGAGUGUCGCGUCCCCACGCAGAAAUCCUACAGCUCCAGCGAAACGCUCAAAGCUUUCGAGCACGACUCACAGCGCCUGCUGUACAGCGGCCGAGCUAAAGAGAGAGAGCACCGCGACACGGACGAGUACAGCCGGCCAGGGCAGAACUUCACCCUGAGGCAGUUGGGGAUCUGUGAUCCAGCCACGCGUCGUGGGUUAGCGUUCUGCUCUGAGAUGGGCCUCCCCCAUCGCGGCUACUCAGUUGGAACAGACUCAGAUCUAGACGCUGACAACGAGGCCGUGAUGUCACCGGACCGUGCCAUGCGGCUGUGGGGCGGGGGAGUCAAGUCUGCACGCAGCUCCUGCCUGUCGAGCCGAUCCAACUCGGCACUGACACUCACCGACACAGAACACGACAACAAAUCCGACAGCGACAACGGUUCUCCCAUGCCAUCCCCUCUCUGCAGUCCAUCUGAUCACUCACUCCAUCCUCCACCCUGCAGCGCCGAUUCCGAGUCGGACGACGAGCUCACACACACUCACUGCAGAGAGCACACACACACUGCAGCCCAUGAGCAAGUGGCCAAUCAGCAUCAGCAGGGCCAGCCGGCUCCUCCCACUCUGCCUCCGGCUCCUCCCCCUCAUAAGCCGUUGGUGACGGCGCUGAACCACAGCUCAGUGAUCGGCCGGCGGAACGGAAGCCCCGCCCCUCCUCCGCCCGCCGAGCUGCCCACCACGCCCGAGUCCGUCCCGCUGCAGGACAGCUGGGUCCUGGGCAGCAAUGUGCCGCUGGAGAGCCGAAAAUUAACAAAGCAAGCAGUUCUCCAAAACGGUCAUGAGAGCCUGAUAGAGAUGGAUGCGUUGAAUCCCGUGAGCCACGAGGGCAGCUAUGGAGACGGGCACUUCCUCUUUAAGACAGGCACAGGAACGACCCCUCUGUUCAGCACGGCCACUCCGGGCUACACCAUGGCUACGGGGGCGGUGUACUCGCCCCCCACACGGCCCCUGCCCCGCAACACGCUCUCCCGCAGCGCCUUCAAGUUCAAGAAGUCGUCCAAGUACUGCUCGUGGAGGUGCACAGCUCUCAGCGCCGUCGCCGUGUCCAUCCUGCUAUCCAUCAUCCUGUGCUACUGCAUCUCGAUGCAUCUGUUCGGACUGAACUGGCAGCUGCAGGAGACGGAAAGUUUUGCUUUUGAGAAUGGACAGGUCAAACCGGACGGCACGACAUCUAACGGAGUCACCACACUGUCAGCAGAGCAUGGUAAAGGGGGCGUGUACGUUCAGGAGAAUAACACUAUAGACACAGGUGAGGUGGAUGUGGGGAAACGGGCAGUGCAAGAUGUUCCUCCUGGAAUGUUCUGGCGUUCGCAGCUCUUCAUCGAUCAGCCGCAGUCCCUCAAGUUCAACAUCUCGCUGCAGAGAGACGCACUCGUUGGAGUGUAUGGACGCAAGGGCCUGCCACCAUCACACACUCAGUACGACUUUGUGGAGUUGCUGGACGGCAGUCGUUUGAUCGCGAAGGAGAAGCGAGGACUGGUGGAAAUGGGGGGAUCUCUGAGGAGAACGAGAUCUGUGAACGUCCACGAGGCCGAGUUCAUCCGCUUCCUCGACUCAGGAAUCUGGCACCUGGCUUUCUACAACGACGGCAAAAACAUAGAACAAGUUUCCUACAACACCAUUAUCAUCGAUUCUGUGACCGAGUGUCCACACAAUUGCCAUGGGAAUGGAGACUGUCGCUCAGGAACGUGUCAUUGUUUCCCAGGGUUCCUCGGGCCUGACUGUUCACGAGCUGCGUGCCCAGUGUUGUGCAGUGGGAAUGGGCAGUACUCCAGGGGGCGCUGUCUGUGCUACAGCGGCUGGAAAGGCACCGAGUGUGACGUCCCUAACAACCAGUGCAUCGACAUCCACUGCAGCGGCCACGGCAACUGUAUCAUGGGGUCGUGUGUGUGUAACGCCGGAUACAAGGGGGACAACUGUGAUGAAGUGGACUGUGUUGACCCGUCCUGCUCAGGCCGAGGUGUGUGUAUCCGAGGUGUGUGUCACUGUAACUCCGGGUUUUCAGGGCCGAGCUGUGAACUACAGAAAGCCGUUUGUCCUGAACAGUGUUCUGGUCACGGAAAGUUCCAGAGCGACAGCGGAACCUGCACCUGUGAUGAGAACUGGACUGGACCCGAUUGUUCCAUUGAGGGAUGCCCAGGUCUGUGUAACAGCAAUGGCCGCUGUACUCUGGAUCAGAACGGAUGGCACUGUGUGUGCCAGCCUGGCUGGAGGGGGGCUGGCUGUGACGUCGCCAUGGAAACCCUCUGCGCAGAUGGCAAGGACAAUGAAGGAGACGGCCUAGCGGACUGCAUGGACCCGGACUGUUGUCUCCAGACCACAUGUGUGUCACAGUCAUUCUGCCGUGGCUCCCCCGACCCUGCUGACAUCAUCACCCACAGCCAAUCAGCUUCUCCACAGCAGGCAGCGCAGUCCUUCUACCAGCGAAUCAGCUUCCUGCUCGGGCCAGAGGGCACGCACAUCAUCACGGGCGAGAACCCAUUCAAUAAGAGUCUGGUCUCUAUAAUCCGAGGUCAGGUGCUCACUGCAGACGGAACGCCGCUGAUCGGAGUGAACGUCUCCUUCAUACACUUCCCUGAACAUGGAUACACCAUCACCCGGCAGGACGGCAUGUUUGAUAUUCUGGCCAAUGGCGGUGCGUCUCUGACCCUGAGUUUUGAGCGCGCUCCGUUCCUGCCUCAGCAGCGCACCGUGUGGUUGCCAUGGAACGUGUUUUACGUGAUGGACACGCUGGUGCUCAAGAAGGAGCAGAACGACAUUCCCAGCUGUGACCUGAGCGGAUUUGUCAGGCCCAGCCCACUCAUCGUGACCACGCCCCUUUCUACCUUCUUCAGAUCUGCACCCGAGAAUGGACCGAUCAUCCCCGAGACACAGGUUCUCCAGGAGGAAACGGCGAUCCCCGGCAGUGACCUGAACCUGGUGUACCUGAGUUCUCGAGCGGCCGGGUACCGCCCGGUCCUGAGGGUCAUCAUGACCCAGUCCACCAUCCCCUUUAACCUGAUGAAGGUGCACCUGAUGGUGGCGGUGGUGGGGCGACUCUUCCAGAAGUGGUUCCCUGCAGAACCCAACCUGUCCUACACCUUCAUCUGGGACAAGACGGAUGCCUACAACCAGCGAGUGUACGGCCUGAGCGAGGCGGUCGUGUCAGUGGGUUUUGAGUAUGAGUCGUGUUUGGAUCUGAUCCUGUGGGAGAAACGGACCGCCGUCCUUCAGGGUUACGAACUGGACGCCUCCAACAUGGGCGGCUGGACUCUGGACAAACACCACGUGCUGGACGUCCAGAACGGUAUCCUGUAUAAGGGCAAUGGGGAGAAUGUGUUUAUUUCCCAGCAGCCCCCGGUGAUCAGCAGCAUUAUGGGUAAUGGGCGGAGGCGCAGUAUCUCCUGCCCCAGCUGUAAUGGUCAGGCAGAUGGUAACAAGCUGCUGGCUCCUGUGGCUCUGGCCUGCGGAUUGGACGGCAGCAUCUACGUGGGAGAUUUUAACUACAUCAGACGCAUCUUCCCUUCAGGAAACGUCACCAGUGUCAUGGAGCUCAGCAACAAUCCAGCGCAUAAGUACUACUUGGCGACGGAUCCGAUGUCAGGGCGGCUGUAUGUGUCUGAUACGAACUCACGCAGGAUCUUCAGGCCCAAAGUUCUGACAGGGGUGAAGGAGCUGCUGCAGAACACUGAGGUGGUGGCAGGAACUGGAGAACAGUGCUUACCCUUUGACGAGAACCGCUGUGGAGACGGAGGGAAGGCCACCGAGGCCCUGCUGCUGGGUCCUAAAGGCAUUGCAGUGGAUAAAAAUGGAUUAAUCUACUUUGUUGACGGGACGAUGAUCCGUAAAGUGGACCGCAAUGGCAUCAUAUCAACACUGCUGGGGUCAAACGAUCUGACCUCUGCACGACCUUUAACCUGUGACACGAGCAUGCAUAUUGGGCAGGUGCGUUUGGAGUGGCCAACAGACCUGGCCAUCAACCCCAUGGAUAAUUCAAUUUAUGUGCUGGACAACAACGUUGUUCUUCAGAUCACGGAGAACCGGCAGGUGCGCAUCGUAGCGGGACGUCCCAUGCACUGUCAGGUUCCGGGCAUCGAGUACACUCUGGGAAAGCGUGCCAUCCAGACCACCCUGGAGGGCGCCACGGCCAUCUCCGUGUCCUUCAGCGGUGUGCUGUACAUCGCCGAGAGCGACGAGAAGAAGAUCAACCGAGUGCGGCAGGUGAGCACAGAUGGAGAGAUCACACACCUGGCAGGGGCGCCGUCCGAGUGCGACUGCAAAAACGAUGCCAACUGUGACUGCUACCUCACGGGAGAUGGCUACGCUAAAGACGCGAGGUUAAACGCCCCGUCUUCGCUCGUUGUUUCUCCCGAUGGAACUCUUUACGUCGCCGAUUUGGGUAACAUUCGUAUCCGAGCCAUUUCACGAAACCGCCCUCCUCUGGCCUCAUCUGGGUUUUAUGAGGUGGCGUCUCCAUCAGCGCAGGAGCUCUAUGUUUUCGAUGUGAACGGCACACACCAGCACACCAUGAGCCUCGUCACCGGGGACUACGUGUACAACUUCAGCUACAGCAACGAGGGUGAUGUCACUGCUGUUGCCGAUGGCAACGGCAACACGCUGCGUGUCCGCCGAGACCCCAACCGCAUGCCCGUGCGCCUCGUCGCCCCCGACAACCAGGUGAUCUGGAUCACCAUCAGCACCAACGGAGGCCUGAAGACGCUGACGGCGCAGGGGCAGGAGCUCACACUCUUCACCUACCACGGCAACAGCGGCCUGCUCGCCACCAAGAGCACCCAGAUCGGCUGGACCACCUUCUACGACUAUGACGGUGAGGGAAGGCUGACCAACGUCACCUUCCCUACAGGAAUCAUCACUAGUCUAAUCGAGGAGAUGGACCGAGCGCUCACAGUGGACAUUGAGACUUCUGGAAGAGAUGAUGAUGUCAGCAUUACCACUAACCUCUCCUCCAUCGACUCUUUCUACACACUCGUACAAGAUCAGUUGAGGAACAGCUAUCAGGUGGGAUACGACAGUUCUCUGAGGGUCAUUUACGCCAACGGCAUGGACUCGCACUACCAGACCGAGCCUCACAUCCUGGUGGGUGCAGCGAACCCUACGGUGGCCCGGAGGAACAUGAGUCUGCCUGGAGAAAAUGGCCAGAACCUGGUGGAGUGGAGAUUCAGGAAAGAGCAGACCAGAGGCAAGGUCAUAGUGUUCGGACGCAAGCUGAGGGUGAACGGCAGGAACCUGCUGUCUGUGGAUUACGACCGGACUCUGAAGACGGAGAAGAUUUAUGAUGAUCACCGUAAAUUCCUGCUCAAGAUCGUGUACGAUGUGGCGGGUCACCCCACGCUGUGGGUUCCCAGCAGUAAACUCAUGUCCGUGAACCUGACGUACUCCAGCAGCGGCCAAGUGACGAGCAUCCAGCGAGGGGCGACUGUGGAGCGGGUGGAGUACGACAGCCAGGGACGCAUCAUCUCCAGAACCUUCGCCGAUGGAAAGUCAUGGAGCUACACUUACCUGGACAAGUCCAUGGUGCUCCUGCUCCAUAGCCAGCGACAGUACAUCUUCGACUUCGACCUACAAGACAGGCUCUCUGCCAUUACCAUGCCCAGCGUGGCGCGUCACACCAUGGAGACAAUCCGAUCUAUUGGCUAUUACCGCAACAUCUAUCAUCCACCCGAGAGCAACGCCUCAGUCACUGUGGAUUACAGCGAGGAUGGCCAGCUCCUUCGUGUGGCACACUUGGGCACCGGCCGCCGCAUCCUCUACAAGUACAGAAGGCUGAACAAGAUCUCGGAGAUCCUGUACGACAGCACACGUGUGAGUUUCACGUACGACGAAACAGCUGGCGUUUUGAAGACGGUGAAUUUGCAGAGUGAAGGUUUUAUCUGCUCCAUCCGAUAUCGUCAAAUUGGCCCACUAGUGGACAGGCAGAUCUUCCGAUUUAGUGAGGACGGCAUGGUCAAUGCCCGCUUCGACUACUCUUACGAUAACAGCUUCCGGGUCACCAGCAUGCAAGGGGUCAUCAACGAGACGCCACUACCCAUUGACCUCUACCAAUUUGAUGACAUCUCAGGCAAAGUGGAGCAGUUUGGCAAGUUUGGUGUGAUCUAUUAUGACAUUAACCAGAUCAUCUCUACAGCCGUCAUGACCUACACCAAGCACUUUGAUGUCCACGGUCGUAUCAAGGAGAUUCAGUACGAGAUCUUUCGGUCCCUCAUGUACUGGAUCACCAUACAGUACGACAACAUGGGCCGUGUCACCAAGCGUGAGAUCAAGAUCGGACCUUUUGCCAACACCACCAAAUACAGCUACGAGUACGACGUGGAUGGCCAACUGCAGACCGUCUACUUGAACGAGAAGAUGAUGUGGCGCUACAGCUAUGAUCUCAAUGGCAACCUUCACUUGCUAAACCCGGGUAACAGUGCUCGGCUCACGCCGCUCCGUUAUGACCUUCGGGAUCGUAUCACACGGCUUGGUGAUGUACAGUACCGGAUGGAUGAAGAUGGAUUCCUGCGCCAGAGAGGCACGGAGAUCUUCGAAUACAACUCCAAAGGACUGCUUGUACGAGUCCACAGCAAGGCCAAUAGUUGGACGAUCCAGUAUCGUUACGAUGGACUGGGGAGGCGACUGGCAUCCCGUAACACCCUUGGUCAGCACCUUCAGUUCUUCUAUGCUGAUCUGAACUACCCUACACGCAUCACCCACGUCUACAAUCAUUCCAGCUCAGAGAUCACCUCCCUCUACUAUGACCUCCAAGGCCACCUUUUUGCCAUGGAGAUUAGCAGUGGAGAGGAGUUCUACAUUGCUUGUGACAACACCGGCACUCCACUAGCUGUCUUUAGCAGUAACGGGCUACUGCUUAAGCAGGUUCAGUACACUGCUUAUGGAGAGAUCUACUUUGACUCGAACCCUGACUUCCAGCUGGUAAUUGGGUUCCAUGGAGGAUUGUACGACCCACUUACAAGGCUCCUUCAUUUUGGAGAAAGAGACUAUGACAUUCCCGCUGGCCGCUGGACCACCCCAGAUAUUAGCACCUGGACCAGAGUGGGAAAAGAUCCUGCCCCCUUUAACCUGUACAUGUUCCGCAACAAUAACCCUAUUAGCAAGGUGCACGAUGUCAAAGAGUAUGUUACAGAUGUUAACAUCUGGCUGGUAACAUUUGGCUUCCACCUUCACAAUGCCAUCCCUGGAUUCCCGAUUCCCAAAUUUGACCUCACGCAACCCUCACUGGAGAUGAGAAAAAGUCAGCUCUGGGAUGAUCUUCCGGCCAUUUCAGGCGUCCAAGAGGAAGUGACACGUCAGGCCAAGGCAUUCUUAUCUUUCGAGAGGAUGCCAGAAAUCCAGUUUAGCCGCCGUCGUUCUGCACGGGAUAAACCCUGGCUGUGGUUCGCCACUGUCAGGUCACUGAUCGGUAAAGGCGUGAUGCUUGCGAUCACCAGUAAAGGACAAGUGGCCACGAACGCACUGAACAUCGCCAACGAAGACUGCAUCAAGGUGGCAGCAGUGCUGAACAAUGCCUUCUACCUGGAAGACCUGCACUUCACGAUUGAGGGUCGCGAUACGCAUUACUUCAUCAAGACGAGCCUUCCCGAGAGUGACCUGGGGGCCUUACGGCUGACAAGUGGACGCCGCAGCCUGGAGAACGGCGUCAAUGUGACCGUGUCUCAAUCUACCACAGUGGUGAACGGGCGUACACGACGCUUCGCGGACGUCGAGCUCCAGUACGGCUCAUUGGCGCUGCACGUACGGUACGGCAUGACACUCGAUGAGGAAAAGGCACGAGUGCUUGAGCAGGCCCGACAAAGAGCGCUGUCGAGCGCGUGGCAAAGAGAACAGCAAAGGGUUCGCGAGGGCGAGGAAGGGGCCAGGCUCUGGACCGAGGGUGAGAAACGGCAACUACUGAGCUCGGGAAAGGUUCUGGGCUACGACGGCUACUACGUGCUCUCUGUGGAGCAGUACCCCGAACUAGCCGACAGCGCCAACAACAUCCAGUUCUUGAGGCAGAGCGAGAUCGGGAAGAGGUAACAACCGACUGCACAGCGGUGCUUUAGCUGGGAAGAAGACGUAACAACAGACUGCACUGUGCCUCGCUGCCUCUCUCUUUUACCGUGUAGAAAAGACCUGAGAUGAGCUCUGUAACCAACACGCAUCGAAAUGAACUCCUUCUGAACGCACUCAAUAAGAACAUUUUUAAAAACCUGCUUUAGCUAGGUAGAGGUGACAGACUGUUACUUAGCUGACAGUUUUCUCAGACUGAGGGGAGAAAUAAAAGUGAAGAAAUGACUGAGUCACUCAGUACUGCCUCAGUUGCCUCACACUCUCUUGCCCCAGUACUCAUCUCUAUAUUGAAUAUAUUCACUAAUAGCCCCUAACACAGGGUAGACGGAAGCUGCCUCUCUACGUUACCGUGUACAAAACCCCCGAGACAAGCUCCAUAAACCACGUUUCUUCACGCUGCAGCAUCGGACGGACAAGCCGAUUCUCUCCGAAAGACUCUUGAUAGAAAUUUUUAAAAACUCGUCAAUCUUAUCUUUUUUGUGCUUUUUUUGUAUAAAAUUCGUAAAGAUGGUACGCUUCAUGGAUGGAAAAAAAAAGGAAGAAAAGAAAGAAGGAAUGCGUUUACAAAACCACUGCACUUGGAUAACGGACUAACGUGUACAGAGCCUCUGGGUCUGGGUCGCAUCUCUCACUCAAAGUUCUUCUUGCUAUCAGUGAAAAAACAUUUUGUGGAUGUUUUGGGUACCGAGACAUGCAGCCGUGAGAACUGAAACGGCACAUGAUUCUUUCCUGCUUCGCUUUCUUUUCAGGACUCUGUUAUGAUUCAAGUAUUCAGUCGAGUCUGAGUGUUCAAUGUCAUUGCUGAACCAGCUGGCGGAUGUAGUGUAGAGAGCAAAACAAAACGAAAAAUUAUAUAUCAUAACUGGCCUGUCUUUUGACAAGAGAUGUGAGAGUAUCUUUAUGGAUUUUUUUUUAAACGUUAAAAAAUAAAAAUUCCACUUAUCCGUACAUCAAUAUUAGUCUCAGAGAAAGUAAUUUAUGUACAGUGUUUAUACAUACAAAAAAAAAAAAACCUUAAAAAGAUUGACUUUCUUUUCCCCCCCGUCUUGUCAUGCAUUACUGUUUACACUUCAUGAAGUUUAAUAUUUGAUCUUAUCAGAAUUUAUGGUAAUGCUAAUCGAAAUAAAAUCAGCUGUACUGUCUCAUUAAUCUCUGCAUUUUCAUCUCUGACAGUUUGUUUUGCACAUUAUGUUUUUAAGCUGUUGGCUGGUUUCAUUGCUUGGCUGCGUUUUCACUGUAAUCGACCUUACGACCGAGCUGAUGGCUCUGCAGGUCAAAACGGGCUUCAGACGUUCGGUAGAAAUAAACCACACACCGAUUUGUUAAACAGUUACAGAUUAAAAUGCGUGUUAAUAGCGAAAUUCUAAUCGGCACAGUGCUAAAUGUGUUUAAACGCAGGUCUAAUUUAGAUUUUUUUUUUUUUUUAAAGCCUCCACUUUGAGAUAUACACUCAUUGGCCACUUUAUUAGGAACACCUGCUGUUUGAUGCCGUUCUCUAAAAAUCAGCCGAUCCCUGACGCAUCAAAUCACGCAGAUACAAAUCAAGAGCUUCAGUUAAAUGUUCAAACAUCAGAAGGGGAAAAACUGUGAACUCACAGUGUGACUGACUUUCACUGUGGCAUGGGUGUUGGUUUGAGCCAGAUGGAGCAUGAAGGUUUGAGUAUUCUUGGGUUUCACGUGACGUCACAUCCGCCUCAUUAGUUAUUCAAAACUUUAGCUGGUGGUCGACCAAAGCUCGGUUGACAAAGCGUUUGUACGGAGAAGGUGCGUUGCUCGCAUGAAAAACGCCUCACGCUUGCGUUGUUUUAGGUUGUUCGAAUUGAUCAGCCCGUGAAACUGAUAAAAGUUUCUUCAGGGUUCCCCGUAAACUCAUAAAAAAAAGGGUGAACGAACACAGGAUUUCACAAAAAGACGUGGAGAAAGGUGGCUUUCGAACCUCUCCGUGAAAUCGCAGGGAGCCGAGUUGAAGCGUGCUGGAGUUUGCAGUGAUCACUUGGUGAAAGGUUUGUAUUUCCCUCUCAGCUCUGGCCUUAGUGUUUCCCAAGUACUUUUCGUGCUAUGUGUCGUUAUAUUACAGUACCAGAGAUGCCAAUCACUACGAUUUGUGCGUAGUCACUACGUUUUUGACAGUACCACUACGAGGCUACGCCCGUCUAUUCAGUUUAUAUGGGAUUCAUACGAUUUUAGCAUGGAUGCGGUUCUAAAUGCGUGAAUCUAUAAAGGGUUCAUGAUAUUUUGCCGGUGUUCGGUACAUUUGAGGCCAAAUUAUCACUUGAUAAUUCAAUAUUUUGACUGUAGUUAUGGUCAAAGUUUGCUUCGAUGGGUGCCGCCAUCUUUGUUGACAAGCGUUCUGCGCAUGCGCAAAUUAAAUUAUCGAUGCCGCGAUGGAAUGUCGAGCAGCCCAUGUCACUAGGUAUUGAGGGGCGGUCGGGGUGUUGUAACCUCACAAACUAUCGCUCAAAACAUGAAAUCAGGGUUGUCAUCCACCCAAAACACCAUGUUCCGAAUAUGCAAUGAACAUUUCACGAUAUAUUCGCAAAAAGAAACGAAACACUGUUGGAACUGAAACGGUCGUCUUCUGAAGUAAAUCAAUCAGAACUGAAUAAGUAAUCUGACUUGAUAUUGAUGAGAUUAAAAGUGAAAGGAAGUUGAUAAAAAUUAAAAGUAGUCAAAGUGACUUGACAUUAAUCAUGGGAAUAAAAAGGAACUAGACAUGUUCCAGUACUAUUGAGUAUUUGCUAAUUGCGUGUUCCAGUACGUUAUCUAUAAAUAUUGAUGGUAUGUAAUCUGCAUUUGUGUAAAGUUAAGAAAAUAAUAUUCACUGUUUGAAAGUUGAUUGUAUACAAAUUACCAGAGAAGUCUUUACUUUGUGUGAAUGUGGUGAGUUAUGAGCAUCACUCAUGAGAAAAUUGUGAGUGAUUGUGGUUUGGUUUUAUUUUUCAGAUAAUUGGAAAAAAAAAAAAAAAAUCAACAUUUUCUCCCCCCAAAACCAACAUGUCCCAGUUCAUUUUAGUCACCUGUAUUCACUCAGAAUGGCCCUAAAAAAGCACCAAUUUCCAAAAUUUUCUCGGGGGGCUUACCCCGAACCCCCAGCUGGAUUGGAGUCACUACACAUUGAUUUCACAAAAGGUUGGCAUCUCUGCGGUACUUUUUUUUAGUCGCGAAGAGGUAAAGUCCCCAGCUGUUUCUUUGUUUACUCCUCACAAAGUCCAUAUUAGGGAUGUUAACCGAUGACCGUUUGACCGGUGGUUGACCGAAUCAACGUCAACCGGGUAAUUUUUUUUUUGGUUGUCGGUGAAAAAAAAAAAAAAUCGUUUUGAAGCUGUCGAUUUUGGAGCGGAAAACCUGGAAUUCUGUGUUGUAAACGCUUGGGCCAUGCCAUGCGGUGUAAGGACGACAGCUGACAAAUCAGAAACACCCAUUCAGUCAUGUCCCGCCCUCCCGCCCCAGUUAAAGACAGCUGACAAAUCAGAAACACCCAUUCAGUCAUGUCCCGCCCCAGUUGAACACAGCUGCCACUCGGCGAAAGAAAAGUGUAGACACAGGCUUUUUAGCUUACAAAUUACUAUUCUGUUUUUUUUAAUUAUUAUUAGAAGGCACAUGGAGUUUAGUCCUGCCUUGGCCAGUGCAUUCUGAAAGUAUGUUUCGGUCUGUAGCCAACAAUGCAUGUUACUGCAGAUCAUCUCUCUCCACACAAACUAAAGGCGCAGACGCCGACUUUUUCACGGCUUUUUCAUGGACUGUAACGGCAUUUGCUUAUGUAGUAAUUUUAAUACAGAAUUUACUCUGAUGAAAUUAUUCAGACACUCCAACGCCCCCCCCCAAAAAAAAAAAAAUCGGAUCUGCACGAGCCGUGAAAAAGGCGCGCCGUUUGCAUCCCUGUUUAAACUCAUAGGUUAACCGACUUUAACCGGCUAAUGAGGCUCGGUGGUCGGUCAAGAUUUUUUUUAGUUUUCGCCAUCCCUAGUCCAUAUGCAUGAAGGCCGCGACCAAAUUCUUCCCCAGCUGUACAGUUACAAUGCGCCGAGAUCACUUCUCCGUCUUGUUUAACUAAGAUCCAGGUCUUUAAAGGGGUUUCUGAUGAUCUUUGUGAAUGAUUUAGCUGAGAGAUAAGAGCCGACACAAGUGAGAAUCAAGCCAACUGUUGUUUGUUUACACUUCAACUUGCAUGGCUUUGUUGUAAAGACACGAAUGAAAAGCUUAAAAAAAUUAUAUAUAUAUAUAUAUGGGGCGGCACGGUGGUGUAGUGGUUAGCGCUGUCGCCUCACAGCAAGAAGGUCCUGGGUUCGAGCCCCGGGGCCGGCGAGGGCCUUUCUGUGUGGAGUUUGCAUGUUCUCCCCGUGUCCGCGUGGGUUUCCUCUGGGUGCUCCGGUUUCCCCCACAGUCCAAAGACAUGCAGGUUAGGUUAACUGGUGACUCUAAAUUGAGCGUAGGUGUGAAUGUGAGUGUGAAUGGUUGUCUGUGUCUCUGUGUCAGCCCUGUGAUGACCUGGCGACUUGUCCAGGGUGAACCCCGCCUUUCGCCCGUAGUCAGCUGGGAUAGGCUCCAGCUUGCCUGCGACCCUGUAGAAGGAUAAAGCGGCUACAGAUAAUGUGAUAUAUAUAUAUAUAUAUAUAUAUAUAUAUACACACAUACACACACACACGGGCAAAAACAAUCCAGGAUUCAUUGGGCGGCGACUUGAUGCCGAGGUCCUUUACCCAGCCACAUAUAAAAAAGUUUUUGUAAGCCUCCGCACUCUUCCACACUUUCAUCUGUUUUGCGGUGUAGAAGGACGUCUGCAACACCAGAUAGUUGGAGAUGUCGGGGAACUCGACUGAAGGGUAGUUUUCGAGAUUGUAUGACAAAUCCUUCUUUCCCAGACUGUAGGGGUCGAUUCCAUUGCACACAGCGAUCUUCUGAAUAUAUCUAAAGUGAGCAGUGGCUUCUACAGUUCGAGCGUACUCUGAUAAGUCAAUCGCUAGAUGUUUGCACUACAGCAGCCAUUUUGGUUUGCUUGACCACCAGCUAUUUUACCGGAAGUGAAAUCGGUAAGAAAAGUCAUGUGACUGAAACCCAAGAAUUUCAGAAACUGAUCUCCUGGGGUUUUCACACACAACAGUCUCUAGAGUUUACACAGAUGCCCCUUUUCCACCAAAGCAGUUCCAGGGCUGGUUCGGGGCCAGUGCUUAGUUUGGAACCGGGUUUUCUGUUUCCACUGACAAAGAACUGGCUCUGGGGCCAGAAAAACCGGUUCCAGGCUAGCACCAACUCUCUGCUGGGCCAGAGGAAAGAACCACUUAUGUCAGCGGGGGGGGGGCAGAGUUGUUAAGACCAACAACAAUAACAAGACCGCGAAAGAUCGCCAUUUUUAAGUGACGAGAAGCAGCAGCUGUACAAACGUGAAGUCAUCCAUUAUUAUUGUUGUUGUUUUUGCUUCGAUAUUCACGCCAAGGUUUAUGCAAACGUAGCGACGUAACUGACGUAUACAGCGACGUAACUGACGUGUCUCCCCUUAGCACUGUGAGCUAUGGAAAAGCAAACUGGUUCUCAGCUGGCUCGCAAGUUGAACGAGUUGUGCACCAGCACCGGCUCCGAACCAGCCCUGGAACUGAUUUGGUGGAAAAGAGGCAUGUAUGGUGCGAAAAACAAAAACAUUUUUUUUUUGAGUGAGUGAGCGACAGUUCUGUGGGUAGAAACAAACGCCCUGUUGAUGAGAGUUCAGAGGAAAAUUGAUGCAAGAUUUUUUUUUUUUUGCCAGGAAGGAUAUAGUAACUCAUAUAAAUCACUCUACAACCGUGGUGAGCAGAAAAGCAUCUCGGCAUGUAACAGCAGACAGAAGAACACAUCGGGUUCCACUCCUGCAGCCAAGAACAGGGAUCUGAGAAUCAACACGUUCCUAUUAAAGUGGCCGGUGAGGGUAUAACGACACAAACAACUGAAUUGACUCCCAAGUCAGAGCAGUGAAGACGUGAUGAGAGCAGAAAAGAGAGCAUCUCACAUUUAAAAAAAUAAAAAAAAAUCUGUUUUACAUAUUAAAACAGUACCAGUGAAGGAUCACGGGUGAAAAACGUGUUUGUUUUUUUUCUUUUCCUGCUUGCCGUCAUUCAUAAGUUAUAUGUCGGCUCAUGGUUGAAAACUUUUUAGUUCGGGAUCACGUUAUUGAAAUUGUAUUAUCGCAACAAGGUCGACUUCUGAUGCCGUUUACGUUAAAAAGAACCAUGAGAUUGUAGUGAUUUUUGGGGUUGUUUUUUUCUUUUUGUACGUCGAAACCUAUUUUUCUAUGAAUAUGUGAAUGAAAAGGCAAAAGGAAAAGCGGUUCUCUCUUUUCUGUGGUUUUGAACUACUAAUCCUUUCUGAUCGCUGUGGUUUGUACCCGAGCGCUAUGCGCUUGGCUGCUCUGAUCGGAGACACACCAAACUCCUUUCCUGAUUUGACAAUCCACUUCUCGCCAUCACGUUACCGCGAGGUGACGCAGCGGCUUCGUGACCUUCGAGUGAUCAAGAACUUAUGAAAGCAGCUACAACAUGAGCGCGCCAUUUCAUUGGCACUUAAUGUGAGAUGCACUUACAAAGGCCGCAGCAGUUAGUGAAGGAGGAAAGGAAGAGAAAAGGAGGAGAAGAAGAAGUCAACGAGGUUUUAGCUUUGCCAUUUGUUGCAUGCGUAUGAUGUAAAACUGCCUAUCUGAAACCACUUCAGCCACUGUAAAGGUCAUUUUCAGAAGUCGGGUGUUUGAACGCACUGCUUUGAUGGAUUAUUUACUGUAUCUGCUUCUUCUCGAGCUCAUUAUGUAACAGUCAUUCUUCAAAUUAAGACUGUGUGAAAAGUACUGAAUGUUUUCUUUCUCCAUCUCGCCUCACUUUGUCCCGUAUGGCCUCAUGCAGGUGUGUCACAGUUUAAAGAGGAUGUAUAAAAGAAAAAAAAAAAAAAAUGUGUGCAUUCAGCCUUGUUUAUAUGCAUUUCUUUCUGUUUUAUGGAGGAGGUUUCUUUUUUCUGUUCUUUUUUUAUGUUGCUUUUGUAUUAGAAGAGGUAAAAGCUGAUGUAAGAGUGUGUGAGCUGUCUUACAGUCCUGUAAGGACCACAAACGUGCUUCACUCAUGUUUGUUUGUUUUUUUCGCAACAGAUCUUGAGGUUUUCUUGUUUGUUUGAUAAGGUAGAAAAUGUCGAGUGCAAUUAAAAGCCUGGAUACACAUUACUGGAGGAAAAUAAAUAAAAUUUUCAAAAAGCACUUGAAUUUGAUGCACUGUUCAGGCAAUCAUUUGCUGCGAGUCCAAUCUAAAUUUCAGUCGAGUGACACAUUUUACGUUUGACAGGCAGCAGAAAUCAUGGACUGGUGAUCGGAUUUAUUAACUACUGAAUGUGUGUGGAACGUGACCGUGGUGAAGUGUAUCCAGGCCUUUAAGUGCAUUUGUAAACUAAUCUCAAGUAGGUUAAUGCUGGACCCAUUACAUUUUUACUUUGCAACAUGUUAAUGCUCCACAGACGCCAAUCAUUUAAAUAAAAACGUAAUACUCGAAGGAAA